AAUCAGCUGAUUGCUGUAUAACAACGAACAAUAACAAGUCUCAAAUUUUAUUAAUUCUUCUAUCUUUGCGCACCAUACACAGCAGGCCCAGUAAGACCCACAAUUAAUUGGUCUACAAAAUUCAGCAAGUGGUCUUUUAAGCCAGAAAAUAACAACAAAAGCAGCAACAGGAGGCAACAACAGCGCUGACCACAUAAAUCUACGGAAAACGUCACCUAGCAAUGCGAUUACUCCGCUAAUCUCGGCGAGAUGCGCGGAAUUGAGGGCAAAGUGGUGGUACUGGGCUCGCGAGGUGUGGGUAAAACCCGUCUGGUCAUCCGGUAUAUAAAGAAUACCCUACACCGCAGCGAAAGCGAAGUGCCAACGAUAGCCGUGUCCUUUUUCACGUGCAACAUCAUCCUGGAGGAGGUCAAAAUUAAAUUGCAAAUCUGGGAUACGGCUGGCCAGGAACGAUAUAGGGCCGUGGCGCCCAUGUAUUAUAGGAAUGCCAAUGCUGCCAUUCUGGUCUUCGAUCUGACGCAGUACAAGACCUUCACGGAGAUCAAGUCAUGGAUCCAGGAGCUGCAUCGCAACGUACAGGAUCCCAUGAUACUGACACUGGUGGGGAAUAAGAUGGAUAUGCAGUCACAGCGAGCAGUGUCCCGUGAGGAGGCCUUCGUCUUUGCCACCUCCAUUGGAGCGACAUAUUUUGAGACUUCCACCGAAACGGAUCAGGGCCUGCAACAGGUCUUCAUAUCAACGGCUCAGGGAUUAGUUCGACUGGCAGAUGAGGGCAAGAGCCCGUCGCUGCGCUCCUUCGAGUCCACGGAUUCGCUAGCCUACACCAACACCAACACUGCCUUUAGUCACACGGUGGCUGCCUUGGCCAGAAGUCCCGGAAAUGCGGCCUUCCGGCUGCCCUAUGUGGACAUUGGCUUGACGGUCGAGGGCGAAGACGUGAAGACCAAUGGCGUGGGCAGGCUGGAGACGGCGCCGUGGAGCAUCGAGCAUAUUGCGCUUGGAGAGGUGGAGCGGCCCAGCUGGUGCUGCUACUAACUAAGCCACUCUCCUCCUAUGAUCCCUAGGAUCCAUUUCUGUGAAUGAACCAAUGUGAUGUCAAGAAACAGAACCAGACUUUAGUUCGAAUACAGGCCGAACGAGGCCCACCCAACAUUGUUUAAGCAAUCCCCAAACAAAGAACCCAACGUUAGAAAAGCAAAGACCAAAAGCAUUCGCCACAAAAAAAGCAAGAUCACAAGCUUGGCUUGAAGCUAUGUAUUAAUACACUCAAUAGGCUAUAAAGAUCCACGAUCCACGUACCACUAUCCCCUGAAUUUACUGACAAGGCACUGGGACUAACCGCUUCAUUGUAAUCUUAACUUUAGAUCCUAAGCGAGAAUAGCAAUUGCCGCGUGCAUAUUAUGACUUUAAGCCCCCAUUUGACUUACCAAUCAUAAGAUUAACACCCUUUUAACAUACACACAACAUCAACAACAGGGAGCAACACAAACACAAGUACACUCAUCCACAAAGAGCAUUCGAGCAUCAUCAGCAACACCAAUUCAUGUACAAAGCAUUUUAUACUGCAUGCAUAUACUUAUAUAAAUAUAAAUGUAAUAACGUAAUGUA